AUACAUGUUGAAAUGCGGAUUGGUGCACAUAUUGCUGAAAAGAAUGAUGAGCGAAUGUUCUAUGGCAUGUCAGCCUCACUAUAUUAUACACUCCGUGUGGCGCAAGGAGUGCCGCAUCACCAUCAUCGUCGUCGUCGUUACGAUGACGACGUUUCCACAGUUUCCCAUCCGUUUCCAGCAAGCUCGGCGACGUCUCAGUUGCUAGUGUCGCCGUCGUCGCCGGCGACGUCGUGCUGUGAGUCGGGCCGGCCGAUCAUGACCGAUCCAGCGACGGGACAGACGAUUUGUUCGUGUCAGUAUGACAGCGCGCGUCUGCUGAGCAGCUACCCGCGCGUCCGCCGCCGGCCUGCCGAUGUACGGCUCGCGCGUACGCUGACCAGCCCGGCUACGUGCCGGCCUUCUCCACCGACCCUCGCCUUCUACUCCGCCAUGGGAGCUAUGAAUAGUGAGGAACGAUACGGCGCGAUGGACAGCGGCAUACGGCGCAAGAACGCGACGCGGGAGACGACGUCGACGCUAAAGGCGUGGCUCUACGAGCACCGCAAGAACCCGUACCCGACGAAGGGCGAGAAGAUCAUGCUAGCUAUCAUCACGAAGAUGACGCUGACGCAGGUGUCGACAUGGUUCGCCAACGCGCGACGUCGGCUGAAGAAGGAGAACAAGAUGACGUGGGAGCCACGUAGCCGCACCGACGACGACGACGAC